AUGUUUAGAUCACAAGUAGCAGUUGUUUGGUUUCUCUUCUUUUUCCUGGUCUGCAAUGCGGGAGAUCAAGAAGUGGCAGCUGAGACACUUGAGUUUUCAAGUAAAGAUAUCGUUGUAAAUAUACUAUCUGUCCGUGUUAAGGAGUGGGAUGAAAUAAUUGAAAAUAAUUCAUUAGCACAAUCCCUAAAGCUUCUGGAUAGAUAUUGUGCAAACGUCGUGGAUGUGGUGAAGGAAUUGGAACCAAAAUUGAGUUCUGCUACUCUGUCAUGUGAUAUCAAUCACUCACAAAGGCCAAACGAUAUCCGUGUAGACAAUAUUAAGGUUGAACUGGCAGUGUUAUCGAGUGAAAUGGAAAAAGUAUUUUCGUCGAAAACCUGGUUCCCAUCGUUGAAGAAUACACUUGAAUCGGGUAAUGUGAAUGUGAAUAGCGCGUGGAUAAUUGAUAUCGUUUCAGUGAGUGAUACAACAGACGUUGUCCGUGAUUCCCAUCUGUUCACAAAAACCUAUCCUAAGGGUGUACUAGCUAUUGAUAGGUGCCGUGAGUUGAAGAUCAUUAUGUCGAAUAUAUAUCCUGGAUUCGGUGAAACAAUGACGAAGUGCUCCUUCGAUGUGUUGAGAGAAAUGGAAAAACGACCAUACAGAAAGAAAUAUCUCAACCUGGAACAACAACUGAUAAAGAGGAAACGUCUCUCGGUCACUGUAUCUAUGCUUCGUUUCCAUCUGAUCAGUCAAAUGAAGAGUGACAAAUGA